AUUUUUUAUGAUCUCAGGCCUCUAUAUAUGCCUUGAUCUUGAGUAGCUGAGCCUAACACCAAUAGGGUUUCAUUUCUACAUACAGACUCGAUCGAGUAAGAACUGAUUUGUUGGAACAUUCUCUGAUUUCUUCGGAAAUGGCUUCUUUUUCGAUAGAGGAGUUUGUUGGGGAUGGGGUUCUGAAAGGAAUGAUUCCGAAGCUGUUAGACGAAGGCUGGGAUGAUGUACCGACCUUGAAGAUCAUGAAUACUGAUGAUAUGGAUGCAUUAAACAUGACACAACUGGAGAAGGAUGCAUUGGAAAUUAGGUCAUACCUGCACGACCGUGCUUUGAUGCAAUAUGGAGAUAGGCUCGAGACCAGUGGGAAAUGUCUGUCCGAGCUAAUUAGCUUAAGCACUGUAGAUCUUUCUUCUCAGUUUGGCAUGAAGCGUGGUCAUAUUGCCCGUUUCAUGGACAGAACUAGUGCUUGUGCAGAUCACCUACCAAAGUCUCAUCCUACCCCUGCUGCAACAGAAAGAAUGGGCUUACCGUCGAAAAAUACUAGCAUUCAAAGGAGUUUUCAAUCUGUUAACUCUCAAAAGAUCCAGAGUAAAUUAACAACAAGAACUAGUUCAAUUAACAGCAAAUCUCUAGAACAAUCACUGGCAAGUUUUAAGAUCAAAGAUGGAUACAUCUUCAAAGGGAUCGUUGCUAUGGAGCCAGCCGAUCCUAGAUUAUGUGGUUGUAUACAACCUGCUCCUGUAGUUGACAAAGUUGCACCAUACUCUACCAUUGAAAACAUCUCGGUUCAGAAGUUGACACCAGAGUAUAAGAUUGGAAUGGAGCAUUUGGUGAAAACCAAAACACCUCCGAUGAAGGCUUCAGAACUGUGGAGAAACAAACCAGCAGUGAUUCUCUGCAUUCGACGUCCAGGGUGCAUCAUGUGUAGGGCAGAAGCUCACCAGCUAUAUGCCAAAAAACCCAUAUUUGAUUCACUGGGAGUUCAACUAUUUGCAGUUCUUCAUGAGCAUUUGGAGUCAGAGAUAAAAGACUUCUGGCCUCGAUAUUGGGGUGGUGUUGUAUUGUAUGAUCGGGGAAUGGAAUUCUUCAAAGCACUUGGUGGAGGGAAACUGCUCAAGGAAAAAUUCCUGUCAGGUUUUGUUUUCAACCCUCGAGCAAGAGCAAAUUACAAGCGUGCAAAAGCUAUGGGGAUACAGCAAAACUUCAAAGGAGAAGGUGAAAUUAAGGGGGGGCUUUUUGUAGUUGGCGGUGGAAGGAGUGGCAUUGCAUACCAGUUUAUUGAGAGGAACUUCGGUGAUUGGGCACCUCCAGCUGAAGUUAUUGAGAUCUGUGGUCAGUUGCAGAACCAACAAGAAGCUCAAGAUGACUCCUACAAGAGAUCACAGCAGUCCGAAUGAAAGUUAGAUGACUAUUUUCUGCUCACGCCUGAGAUUCACAAUGAAUAAAAACAUAUAUCUUGUAAUUCCAGCAGAGACAACGUAUUGCUUCUUAUGAUUCGUAUCAUUCGUUUAUUACAGAUGUUGCUUGUACUAUUUGUAUGGAGUGUAUAGACAUGAGUUUAUUGGAAAUGCAAUUCAUUUAACAAACAGUUCAGAAAACCCUUAAGAACCUUCUUUUAAA